AUGGCUCCAAAGUUACAACAGUGCCCCGUCUGCUUUAACCACUAUAGAAGCACUCCAGACGGAAAGUUAUGUCGGCAAGGAGGUAAAGUGAAAGGACAGGAAUGCUCGGGGUCCCGGAAAAAAGUUGAUCCAUCGGGCGCGAGGGCUGCUUCGCCUCUCGGUGCCGCACCCGACCCCAAGCCCGGGUUACCCACACGGUCGACGGCCGCAUCGGUCUCCGGUGAUCCUCUCGACCUGGAUUACUCUGGUGUUUUUGACAAGCUGACGGCCGUGCUGAAAUGUGUACCGGUGUACGACCAUAUCCCUAAGCCAUGCAGGGAGAAGUUCGCACAUGAUCUAAACGCCUUGCUGACGGCUAAGACUUCCAGAGGGGGUCGCCGGGUCAACCAGGGCAAUCUGGUCAACAAGCGUCUAAGCGAAUAUUCAACUAUUGGUCUUGAAACCCUGGUACUGUGCUUUGAUGGGUUCAAUAAUGCCAAAUCACAAAAGCACAACCCCGAUCGGUGGAUCAACGCUGUGUCAUCUUGUAUUGAACAGGGAAACCUGUCCUCAGCUGUCAGACUUGUCUGUUCGCCGGAGGGCCUGGCGGAGAGCUCGCCGGCCACCUUCGAUAAAUUAUGUUCCAUCCACUCAAAAAUUCCGGUAGACAGGCGGGUCUUUCCCGCAUUGACACCAACAGCUGGUUGCGUUUCUCCCGCCGAGGUGCUGAGGGCCGUUAAAUCGUUCAAAAACGGUUUUUCUGGAGGCCUGGAUGGCCUACGACCUCAGCACCUUAAGGAUGUUUUUUCAGGCCCCUUGCCAAUCGACGACACACUGAACUCCUUAACCCAAUUCAUUAAUUUGAUCCUAUCUGGAGCUUGCCCACUCUCCGUCCGCCGGAUAUUUACAGAGUUCCCUGGACCAAGGUAUGGGAUCCUGAAUACAUUCUACGAGCAGACGCAGAGACAUGCUCAAACAGACAUAAGGGGAGCUUAUAAAAAUGUGAUUCGUUUUAUAUUGAGGAUUUAA